GGGUUCAGGAAGAGGGUGACGAACUAGCGCCAGUAGUCACGAAUGAUCCCUGUUCUGAAACGGUCGUGUGUGUAUUUUUUGAGUGUGUAUGGAAAACCAAGGAAUGAUUGAAUAAGAUAAUCUUACAGCUCAAAUGAACGAUUUACUGACUGUUUUUUCAACUUUUUUCAAUUAUGCCUCGCAAUACAUCAUUAAAGCCCGAAAAAAGUGAUCACAGUCCCUACACUGAAUAUGCGCAGCCCUGGACCUUCAAUGCUCUCCGAUUUCACUUGCUUCCAAGUGUGCAUUCUUUUUUUUACCCUUCUACUACCGAUAUGUUCGCCACACUAUUGAAUUAAUGAUUUCCAGAAUCGGAAGGCGAUGUCAACGCUUUUUAUUGCUUUGAGCUGUUGUGUACUAAAGGGGUAUUUAAUGCCUACUCAAAAGCAUACUGUGUUUUAUCCCUAAUUUUUUAUAAAAAAAGUGCACUCAAAUAAUGUUAUUUAAAUCAAUGAAGCCAAGUGCAAUAUUGAGACAACGUCAUUUUCAACGUUUUAUGAUUCUAAAACCAAGUCUAAGGGCUGUUUAGUGACGCAGUGUUUGGCCCUUAGUGGGGUGAGAGUGUGUAUGUGUUUCAAAUGUGCAUAUAUGGUUUUUUACCAUUCAUUUUUUCGAGUUAAGUGUGUAAAUAAUGUGCUUCCUUAAUAAGCUAUCAGCUCUGCUCAAAAUGUUCUAUCUGGAGGAAUUUAUUUCUGAUUUAAGAAGAAAAAACGGUGUGUUCAACAUAAUAUUCAAUGUGUUGCUUUGGAUAAUAACUGUUUCAACAGAAACACUACUUGAUAAUACUAUAGCACGAGGAAUGCAUAGGAUUAAGUCGGAUGGAAAUAUAAGCGUAAGGCUCAUUUUAAUUUGGUGUUGGCUGUCGGUUGCAACGAGGGAAAUUAAAGCAACAGUGACUUCAACGCCAAAUGAUUCGAUAAUUUUUUCUAUUUCUUCAUAUAAACCAAUUACGACAACCGAAGCAGUUUACCAGCGUUUUGCCAUUGAGCCAAUGGAUCAAACUGCAGUUAUUGGUAGUCGAGUUACUCUGCCUUGCAGAGUACUUGAUCAGAGAGGGCCCAUUCAAUGGACAAAAGAUGGAUUUGGUUUAGGAGCCGUGAGAAAUCUUACAGGAUAUGAACGAUAUGCUAUGGUUGGAAGCGAUGAAGAAGGUGACUUUUCUUUACACAUAUAUCCAGUCGAAUUGGAGGAUGAUGGAAUAUACCAGUGCCAAGCAUCGCCUACCAAUGACGGGCAACCGGGACUCAGAUCAAGAGAUGCUCGACUCAGUGUUCUAGUUCCUCCGCAGAAACCUCAAAUUCUAGAGAGUUCAUUUGUCGUUACAACGGAAGACAAAGAAUUAACAAUAGAAUGCAUUAGUCGUGCAGGAAAGCCGCCAGCAGAGAUAACUUGGAUUGAUGGUUUGGGAAAUGUAUUGCACAGUGGAAUUAAAACUAAGUGCGAACAGUACCAGGAUGGUCCAUUGUCGACUGUAAGGUCUGUUUUAACAGUGACGCCACGAAAGGAGCAUGACAACACAACCUUCACUUGCCAAAGUCAAAAUGCAGCGGAUCGCACUCCACAAAAUGCUAAGCUUAGAGUAGAGGUGCUUUAUGCUCCAAAAGUUUCACUAAAAAUACGGUCUGGCAUAUCGAAAAACAAUAAAAUUAUCGAAGGAUCUGAACUUAGGUUUAAAUGUAGAGCAGAGGCCAAUCCGUCAAGCAUGGAAUACAGGUGGUAUAUCAAUGACAAAAAAGUAAUUGGAGAUUAUACAACAGAAAUGAUAAUUCAUAAUGUGACACGUGAACUUCAUGAUGCUAUAGUAAAAUGUGAAGUGCAUAAUGACGUCGGAAAGAGCGAAGAAACUGAAACUUUGGAUGUUACAUAUGGUCCACAAUUUCGACAUCCACCAAGUUCUGUUGAAACACAUUAUGGUUCAACAGAAGUACUACAAUGUGAUGUAGAUGGUAAUCCAUCGCCUGAAAUUUUGUGGGUUCAUGAAGAAUCUGACAGAGUUGUGGCGACAAGUUCCAACAUAAGCAUCCUUGUUACACCAGAAACAGCUGGAAAGUAUUUUUGUAAAGCUCACGUACCUGGUUUUGCUGAACUAACUGGUUUUGCCAGUAUCUACAUUCGUGCUCCGCCAAAGAUAAUUUCUCAAAAAACGCAAUACGUUCCAGAUGAAGGAAUUAUUAAGGUAAAAUGUGUUGCUAUAUCUGUACCAAAAGCUGAAGCAGUUUUAUGGAAAUUUAGUGGGCAAGAAUUGAAUUCUUCUCCAAACAGCACAUUAUUUACUAUUCAAGAAGAGUUUUCUUCAGAAAGAGUUAUUAGUACAAUUAUUCUUCUUGAACCAAGUACUGCGUAUUUUGGAAAUUAUAACUGUACAGUUACAAAUAGUUACGGCUCGGAUUCUGCAAUUAUUAAACUCACAACUCACACAUUAAUCCCAGUUGACUGGCAACUUAUUUUAAUUGUUGUGGGACUUGUCGUUUGUGUGAUACUGAUUGGCACAAUAAUCGUUCUCAUAUUACAUUGCCGAGAUCGUAUUAAGCAGCCCAGGCCAAGAUUAGCUCAAUCUCAAGAUAAUGACAUACAAGAAACUGAUUCGAGUGCUGAACGAUAUCGAGAAAGUGAUAGAAGUAGUAAUCUAUCAGAUGUUAAAGCGGAUAUAAGAGCUGGAUCAAGUGUUAGUAAUGCAGAAAGUGUCAUAGCUCUCGAUAGUGAAGGAGAAGGAAGUACAAGAGGUAUCAAUGCUCUCGCUUUAGCUGGACCAGUUGCAACUCCAAUCGCAAAUUAUCGCUACAGUGCAGAUUACACUGAACCAACUUUUCCACCUAAGAAUAAUGAUGGAAGCAAUAACAAUGGUUAUGUUCCAUAUGUUGAUUACACGCGAGAUUAUUUGCCGCCUGCUUCUCAAGGCAUUGGUUCCUCACGAGAAUCUCUUAGUCGUAUUCCUGUGAGUGGAAUUUUAGGAUCCAAAAAAAUUGGAUUCAGUUCUACUAAUUUGGAAACGACUUCACCACAGGCGACAAUAAUUGAUCCUCGUUAUUCUGCAGCCUACGGUAAUCCCUAUCUAAGGACUCCAGUUGCAGAACAAUUUAGGCAUGCUCCUCAUGCAGCCAUACCUGGAGUUACGCCAGCUCCUCCGCCAUAUACGUCAGCAAUGAGGAUGAAUUGUUUAAAUACAUUAAACGGGGCUGGUCCACAGGCUCCUCUUGCUGCACAUUAUAUCACAGGUGGAUCGAAUGGAGGCAUCACAACUGUGAAACGUUCUUCAGCAGUAACCACUCUAGCAACUCACGUAUGAGACAGGAGAAUUGAUUUCACUUAGAAUCAAUAAUCAACCAUUCCGUUCUACGUCAAGAUAAUUAAUUCGCUUAUUUUCAAAAUUUGCGAAAUGUCUUUACAAAAUCACUUAUUAUAAAUAAUAAUAAGUGUAGCACAAUGUGUAUCUUCAUAUCAUAAAAUAUUUCAAUCAGUCGUCUCACUUCACAUAUUUUCUUAAAAAAAAGUGAUCUUAAAGAUCGUGAAUACUGUUACUUGUAAAAAGGUUAAGAAUCUAGUCGUUCGUGAAACAAAUUUAUUUUCUCCAAUGCAUUCACUGUGAAUGUUGAUGAGAAAUUCUAUCCUCCAAAUUUCUUGAAGUGAAUUUUUCACUCUUCUUCAUGUAGAAAAUGAGUGAAUAAAAAAUAAAUCACUUUUUACUUCAAUUGAUGUGAAAAUGAAUGAAAUCUCACACUUUUAAUGUAUCUCUCAUUGGAAUAGUUCCACUUUACUGAAAGAAUAAAAAUUCACUUCACGAAAAUGAGAAAAAUAUAGCAAAUUUUCUGUUUUUGAAAUUUUUAUACAACUAACCAAAAUUAUAAAAAAAAAAAAAAAAUUUUUUGUAAAGUAAUGGUACCACUAACUUUGCGCUUAUUGCUACCCAAAGAGAAAUUUUCUUACAUUUUUUAAACUCAUUUCAUAAAGCAUAACUAAUUCGUCCUUGACUGUUAAUAUAAGAAAGACAAUUUUAUCUUAAACUUAAAAAAAAAUAAAAUAAACUUCCGUGUUUUUCUAAGUUUGCAGAAAAACAGAAGGUACUUAUAGCUCAAAUUAAAAAUGAUCUCUUAAUUUUAAUUUACUUCUGGUUUGUAAAGUGCAAUAUUUGUUUUGUUUUUUUUUUUUA